UAAUCAACAAUACGCUUAUUAUCCUACUGACACUAUAACGCAUUUUCAACAUCAACAAACUCAUGGUUAUUAUCAAUCUGAACCCGCUCCGGUUCACCCUCCCGGUGUUAACCCUGAACCGGUUCAACCCAAUCUGACGGUAAAUUUACCCUGGCGCCAAUUGUUAUUUUGUUUUCAGUUUUUAAUUAUUUUUUUAACCUAGAGGAAAAAAUGUGUUUGUUGAUUUUGACCUAGUUUUAUUGGGGAUUCAAUUUUAUGUGUUUGAGUUUGAUUUUGUUAUAUUAAUGAAUUAAAUUAGGGUUCUCUGUGAUUUUUAUUGAUUUGUGAUGAAUGUACUUGGAAUUGGGUUCUUCAAUUCAGCUUUAUUUUGUGUGUAAGAGGGUUUUGUGUGUGUUGAAUUAUCAAUGUUUGUAAGGAGAUGGAUUUGAUUUAGUUAAAAUGUGGAUUCAAUUGUGUGUUUUUGGGUUAUGUUUGGUUAUGCGGUGAAAAAAAUUGAUUUUGACUGGAUUGAUUUGGUUCGGGUUAAAAGUGAAUUGAAGGUAAAGUUAUUUAUGUUAGAAUACCUUUAUGCAAAAUUGAGUUGAACAGUAAAUUUCAAUAUGAAAAUCACAUUUAAACUCAAAAGUGGCAAGUUCUAGCUUUUCUUAAUCAUUCCAAAAUCAGUUCUACACCUCUAGAAUUGCUUUUGGCACUUCCAAAAGCUAGACCAUUGCUUUUGUCUGCGUAUUUGUCUAAUUAUGAUGAAAUGCCUGAAGUAGAGAAAAAGCUUCUGUGAUUUGGUAUGGUAUGUGGCCAACUAUUUUGUUGAUAGGAAUUUGACCAUCAACAACGACAACAAUGAUACCAAGCCUUAUCUCAUUGGCGGAAUGGCUACAUUGAUCAACUGAUAUUAUUAGGACCAUUGUUAAUAAGAAUUUUACCUUGAGGUUUGGUUGUUUUGUUCAGUGUCAGUCUAUUUGCAUUUGCGCAUUUCUUAUUCUACUUGUUUUUCUCAAAGACUGCAGCUGGGUGGGGAAAGUAAAAGCCCCAGCUGGUUUUUUUACCCGAGUCUUUGAAAAUAAACAAGAUUAGUAGAGUCAUCUUAUGGAUCAACUCCAUCUUUGUUCCAAUAAAGGAUCUUUCUUCGGGUAGUUUACAUCCAGUCGAGUCUUUUUACUUAAUAUUACUAUAGUGAGGUAAUUGAAAGAGUUGUAUUCGUUCUAUGGUUUAAGAUAAAUCGAGUCAAACUAAGCCAUUAUAUGACAUGGUUUGUUCCUCCUCGAAUCAGUUCAGAAAAUUUGUUGAUACUCUAACAUGCUAGUUUCUUGAUUUAUUACCAAGAUUUGAAGGAGUAAACAGAAAAGGCUGGUUGAAGAUUUCGCAGCUCUUUGACUUUUCAAACAUUUUUUAUGCAUUUUAGAGAGAAUAUCUUGCUGUGCUUCCUCAGGCUCUUUUGGGACAUUCUAUGGACAAAAAGAUGAUACUGGAAUAGAGGGUGUUUCGUUUUCAGUUUCAGAUUUAGGGGAGCAUUGAGCAUGUUUCUUAAAUUGACUACUUCUCAAGGGUUGCCGGAUCAACAGUAUCUUGAGGCUGAUAAGGUUGUUGAUGUGUGCGAAUGGGCCAACUCUCUGGGCAAUUGAUGGGUACUUUGGUUGAUAAGCCAUAAAUUAUCUCAAUCAUAAUGAGGAAACUCCAUGUUAGUUUGGAGAUCUAUUGGACAUGAAGAGUUGUAAAAAUGAAAUUGGGCCAUCAUCUCAAUACAGAGGUAGAGGUGGUAGAUCAUUCAGGCGGGGUGGUCGCGGCCGAGGUCAGUUCAGUCAUGGAAGAGGACGUGGAGUGGGCGGUGGGAGAUACUUUCCGUCUCAUUCUUCUGGACCUGCUAUUUCUGAUGUACCGGGUUCAUCAUCAGUCUCAACUCAAGUGCAAACUGCACCAGUGCAACCGCCACCGCGUGGGGUAUUCUGUGAUAUUUGCAAGAUCGAGUGCAAUACCCAAGAAGUCAUGGAGCUGCAUCUGAAAGGAAAAAAGCAUCUGAAGAAUAUCAGAGUACAUGAAGCAAAACAGAGACGCGGUGCUAUCAAUGUACCACAAAGUGGACAGAUUCCUACCUCUCAGUUGAACUCAACGGAUCAAACUAUUAUAGCUCAGGAAUCUGAAGACCCUACCAAAUAUUUUAGUUCUGAAAUUGCAACUGAUAGUCAGAAGGUUAACAUAAUUUCGCAGAAUAAUGUAGGAGAGACUUCUGAUGUUCCAGCUGAAGAAAAUUCUGCUGCAAGAGGCCGUGGAUUGAAGCGUAAAUUAAGAGGAGGAAAAACACGUAAACAGACGAGGACUGCUGAUGGUUCACAACCUGAGCCCGCUGUAGCCAUUACAUGUGAGUUGUGCAAUGUUAAAUGUGACACCCAACGAGUUUACCAGGCUCAUAUUACUGGGAAAAAGCACUUGAAGCGUGCCUAUGGCCCCCAUGCUCCGGCCGGAUUAGUACGUAACCAAGCUUUAGUUGGAGUAGGUAACCAAGCUUUGGUUGGAGUAGGUGAUCAAACUUUGUCUGAAGUAGGUUCCCAAGCUUUGGCUGGAGUAGCCGGGCUUCAAGCACUUUACCCACCUGACAUCAACGCUCUAGCCACUGCAAUUAAUGCUCAAGUUCAACAAGGUGAUAAUGAUCCACAGGUACUUCUGGCUCAGCUCCUGGUGAAUGCACUAUCUCAAGCACAAGGAUCAGCAACAGCACCACCGAAUGGCUCAUUGACUGCUCAGACACCUACUCCUGCAUUGGUGGCCGGUUCAAGUUAUGAUCCCCAGUUGGCACAGAUACAAGUCUCAGAAAUCGCAGCGCAGGGAAAUCCUACCGGUGAAUCAAAAAAUGAGACACCUUCUGCCCCAGUGGAGUCAAAUGCACAGGAAGGUUCAAAUGUUGGCAUUGGCAUACAAAUUGAAGGUGGAAGUUCUGAAACUAAAUAGGAUGCUAAUGACAGGCAGAGACAAUUCAAGUGCACAAAAUCAAAUGAAUACCUUCAUAAUGUGAAGCGUUCUAAUCAUAGUAUGACCAUAGUAGAACAAUCAUUCUCUCUCUCUCUCUCUCUCUCUCUCUCUCUCUCUCUCUCUCUCUCUCUCUCUCUCUCUCUCUCUCUCUCUCUCUCUCUCUCUCUCUCUCUCUCUCUCUCUCUCUCUCUCUCUCUCUCUCUCUCUCUCUCUCAGUUUUACUUUAUUCAGACAAUUGUUCCAUUCUAUUGCCGGCAAGGAUUUCUCAUCUACCAAAGCGAUAUCAACACUGAAAAUCUCUCAAAUGGAUGUUAGAUGUGUCGAAUCAUUUAGAUUGUUGCAUGUGUGCGCGCGCGCGUACCUGUGUUUGUGAUUCUUUUUACCAUUUUAGACGAUAAUGCUGUUUGAUAUUUGAUAAUAAUGUUACCCCUAGUGUAUUAGUAAGCAGGUUCAAUGAUAUAUUAUGAACGAGAGUUUUUUCUUCA